AUGCCGGACUCCAUCGAUUCUGGAUUCGCAAUGCUGUCCCUCGACGAUGAAGACAGUGAUGGAGGAGUUCGCUUAUCUCGUGCUUCCUCACCUCGUCCUGCCACUCCACUUCUCAUGGCUUCCCACUCUUCCAACGCGCUUGAUGAUCAGCCCGGAAGGGCUGGUCCUGCUCUACCAUGUGGUGCUGAUUCUGUCAGCCGCCAGGCGAGCACCUCCGAAUCUGCGAAUGCCACUCCCGCCUCGUCCUCGCCCAUGAGUCAUCACGACCUGGCGAUCGCCUCACUCUCUGCUGCGAGUCGUCUUGUGGAUAUUCAUGAAGUCAGAGAAGCUGUUGUGGGUGGCUUCUACUAUGUCCGCGACUGGAAGAGACUCCAGCCUGGUUGGACUCUGGAGGACAGUAACCNNUUGAGUGGUCGUGAAGGAAUAGUUGUCGAGCCUCCAUCCUCGGUUUCGCACAUGCACAUGUUCGGUGAGCUCGGCGUCCUCCUUUGCGAAGAUGGUCGUUCGCCGAAAUGCCGCCUCUGGCAUCGCAACCUCAUUCACUGUCACCAGUGUGAUACCUAUGCCUGCAAACCCUGCCUGGAGAUGCGUCUGAACCGCACCAAGGCCAACGCCAAGCAUCGCACAAGACCUGCCAACCAGAAGAGAAAGACAGCACGCGCCGCUAUGUUCGAGUAG